GGGCCUGUACGUCUACCCCGAUUUGGGUCUGCUGGUCGCUGCUAGGGCGAGCGGACAGCUAGCAAUAGCGAAGCUUCCGACCCACUUGGACGUGCCGAAGCUGCCAUGGCUUCCAGCCAACGGAGUUAAACAGGCGACGGAGGGCGGCAAAGUAGCCUCAGCAUGCGCCACGGCACCGGCGCUGGACUUGCCCUGCGCUCACUUUCGAGCGCACAAGGGCCGCCUGACGGCCGUGGACGCAUGCGGUCUGCGUCUGGCCACGGGCAGCGCGGCCGGCGGUAUCAAGGUGUGGGACGUGCUGGAGCUGCGGAGCCACGCGAUGCAGCAGGGUGUCCAGCUGCCAGACUUGCCGCCACACCUGGCCACGAUAGAUGCCUGGUGGGCUGCGAGCAAGGCUGCCGUCGUAACACGCAACUUCGCAAACGAGUCGCUG